UUAGCUCAAUAUUAUGGAAUCCUCGACUUUCUCAUAUAAAAUUAGUGGCACAAAAGAAAUCAUAGACUUACAUCCAUGGGCAAAAACCAUUAAGCCUAAAUUAAGUGAUAAAAUUAAAUAUGCCCACAAUUCUGUCGAUAAUCCUUGCUAUCCUAGACCUAAGUCAGCUAUUAGAAAGAAGGAACAAAAUAAGGAGCUUGUGAAAUUCACUGUAAUCGGAAAUAGACUUGCAAAGGAAUUUAUUUACUCUUCACACAUAGUAAGAGGAUUAUACAAGUAUCGGCCACGAGUUUUUGAAGAACCUACAGUUCAUGGGUUGACUUCUGUUGAAUGGUGUGAUUUUUUGGAUGAACUGAAAGUCUACUACAGAACCCCAGCGUACUGUCUGGAUGGCCAAGUGGCUGUAAUCGUUAACGACAAGUUCCUGGGAGGUGAAAAAGAGCUGCGCGCUGCUGUAAAGGAGAAAUACCACUACCACGUCAGUUUAGAUUACCAAAAGGAAGCCGAAGAGAACUUUGUCACGUACAUCAGGUGUUCCGGAAGACCAUGUGUUUAUAUGCACAUCUCUAUCAACGACGAACACAUUGGAACACUGAUAUUCAUGCUGUAUGCAGAAAUAGUCCCAAAAACAUGCGAGAAUUUCGUUCGUCUUUGUGAGACUCGAAAAGGCGGAUACUCGGGCACACCUGUUCACCGCAUCGUGAAAGACUGCUGGAUCCAGUGCGGUGGAUAUGGACUGAAGAGUGUCAGUCUAGACUGCGAAAACUACAUCGUACAACACGACAAGCGAGGAGUUCUCGGCAUGGCUAAUGAUGGCAGAAAUGUGGAUUGCUCCACGCAAUUCUUUGUGCUUCUACAACCGGCACCGUGGAUGGCCAGCAAGUACGUUGCGUUUGGGCAGUUGAUAGAAGGUGACGAGACACUACGCAAGAUCGAAUCAGUGCCCACUUGGUACGAAUCCCCGACGUCAAAGAUUAUAAUCUACAGAGCUGGGAUUCUUAAUGUUGAAACACCAGAUGUGGAGACAAAGAACAGAACUAAAGAGUAUCUUCAAGGACACAUUGAAGACUUAGCAAAGCUGGGAGAGUGGCUAUAUGAGGAACUUUUAAGCAAUGUGUUUAAAAUAGUUGAUGUAGAGGUCGUUGUUAGCGAGGAGUCGUACGAUCAUGUGGCACCAGAAAUUAUCACAGACAAAAUGGGUACAGGAACAAUGAGAGCCGCUCAAAGAUUUAUUCGCCAUAAGAAUGAACUAGAAGAAGUUCGUAGUCAAUCGACUGAAAGUAAAUCGAUUUCUUCCAAGAUGAGCGACAUAGAUGAACUUCACGAAGAGUCGAUAGACAAAGUAUCCGAAUCGAUAGAGAUGAAACCGGGCGAAGAAAAUUUUCAUUACACUUCUAUAGCGGAAAGUCUGAAUACCAAUCCUGAGAGACCGUUUGUGUUGCCUCUAACCAAUGUGCCUUAUCCGGAAGAAGUGGAUUCUGAAUUCGAUUUAAAAAAAUUCUUGAAGGGCGAUUACUGUUAUGAAAAUGACCUAAUAACUGCUGAGCCUGGGCAGAAGAAAUAUACUAGACCGAGGGUUUUAACGGUCUCAGAAUCUUCGUCGUACAAAUACUACUCCCGACAGUCACAGCGUCACGUUUCUGAAGGUGCAUUUGAAUCUGAGAAUGAGAUGGGAACGAAAAAACAUAUACGAUUGAGAGGAGAACGAGUCAGUUUUGCGGGCAGCGUGAUCAGAAACAUCGCGAGAGCGUCGUGGGCGCACAGCAAACACGAUCUGUUUGAGAACAUCAGAAAAUCAGAUAUGGUUGGUGGUGACGAAUCCAAACACAGUAAGCAAAUAUGGCGUACGAGUGAUGAGCAGAUGACGUGCGUUUGUGACCCUGGUACCAGUUGUUGGGAGGACAUAACAUCAGAUACUUCAGACGAACAAUCCUCUCCUUUCGCCCAUCUCUAUCGGGAGAGCGCGCUCGAUCCAGCCCCAACAUUCAAACGACAAACUAUGACCGACACAAAGGAUACUAGAACGAGCCACUUAAAACGCAGUACACAACUGCCGGUCAGAAACGACAGACCGAUUCGUUCGUCCAUACGAAUCACGUCCUUAGACCCAGUAUUAGAUCUACAACACGGUAUGGCGGUGGCUCACAAAAUAUCAUCGGACUACGUCAAAACUAUCGACCAAAUGGAAAACGACAUGGAAGAGAUCACUGUAGGCUUUACCGAGCUGAAGCGUUACCGACCCUCGUUGACUGUAUCGGAGUAUCAGUCGAAAAACCAAGUUAAAGCUGAAUGAGGAUGGAGAUUUU